AUAUAAAGAGAAGACAAGAAAUCUAUGAGAAAAUGCCUUCUCUUUCAGAGGAUUCAACGGUAAAAGCUGUAACAAAAUCGGCUAAAAAUCAUGGGAAAGACAACAAAGAAGACAAAUGGCCGAGGAUGACAAAAAAGGUUCUUUUGGAUAUAUGCAAACAACAUAAAUUGUACCGAACGCCUUACCUAAAUGAUGUUCUUUACUUGCAUUAUAAAGGCUUUGGUAAGAUUGAAAACCUUGACGAUUACACAGGUUUAAAAUGUCUAUGGUUAGAAAGCAAUGGCAUCAAAACAAUUGAAGGAUUGAUAAACCAGACAGAAUUACGUUGUUUAUACCUUCAUCAAAAUUUGAUCGAGAAGUUGGAAAAUCUUGAACAUCUUCAAUUUUUGGACACAUUGAAUGUCAGCAAUAAUUCGAUAAAGCGAAUUGAAAAUAUUGCAUGUUUACCCAAGUUAAACACGUUACAAGUUGCUCACAAUCGACUAAAAACUGUUGAAGACAUUGAAGAACUUCGAAGCUGUAAAUAUCUCAGUGUGUUAGAUUUGUCGCACAAUCAUCUUGAAGAUCCAGACAUAAUUAACGUGUUUUCUUCAAUGGAAAAAUUGAGUGUCAUCAACUUGAUGGGAAAUCCUGUUAUAAAGAAAAUCUCUCACUACAGAAAGCAAAUGAUUUUGAAAUUAAAAAACCUAAAAUACUUGGAUGAUCGACCUGUGUUUCCCAAAGAAAGAGCUUGUGUAGAAGCAUGGGACAAAGGUGGGAUAGAGGCAGAAAAAGAGGAAAGACAGUUAUGGAUAAGUAGAGAAAGAAAGAAACUCACGGACAGUGUGAACGCAUUGUCAAAGCUUCGCGAACAAAAUCGAGAAAAAAAAGAAAAAUCAAGAGAUGAUCAAAAGGGGGAAAAUGAGAUGAGUGACAAUAAACUAUGUGAGAGAAAAAAGGAAGAUCAGUAUGAUGAACAAACUUCAAUGUUUGAACGAAACACAAAUAAAAAUAACGAAAUUGAUGAAGAACAACAUACAGUCAAAUUAUCAAAACAGCAACAAAUCCUUACAACGACAUUAUCCGACGAAGAUAUCGAAACAAUAGAAAUACCAGAGAAAAUUAAUGAUAAUUGGGUUGAGACCAGACACGAAAUAAGCAGUGAUGGGAUACCUGAGUUGGAAGAUAAUAUGAGCGAUGUGUUUAUUCUUCGAGAAUGUCAGACAAGAUCUUUGACUGAAGACGACAAAAAUAAAAACAUCAAUGAAACCCAAGACGCUCCUGUAGGAAUAUCACAUGCAAUGAAAUCUUUACUGCUGUCGCAAGCAAUGACACCAAAAAAAAGAGUACUUAUUGAAGAACUUCCAAAUAUUACGGAAACAAAGGAGCAGCGAGAAUCGCCGAAAACACAUGAAGAAGAAGCUGAGCUUCAGGGAUUGAAAAGAAACGAUAUCUGUGGGAUAAGCAAUGGUAACGAACAAAAUAUUGUGAAACAAAAACCUACAAAGAACAAGAAUUCAUGUAGUGAUGAUUCUAACGAAGGCGCAUCUAACGCUCAAGAUGACCAUUCCAGCGUUUCGUUGGAUGUUAUUGACCUUGUAAGAAAGCAAGUGACUUCGGCCGUAACAACACCAGAGUGUUCGAAUGUCAAGGAAGAAAUUGAAGAAGUAAACACAGAAGAUGUUAUUGACUUUAAAGAUAAAGAAAAUUAAUAACGUUUAUAUUGAAGUUUAUUCAUGAUAUUUUGUGUUUUGUUUAGCCAUUGAACGUUGUUAUAUGUUAAAGAUAAAUAAAAUUUGGCAAAAUAAA